GCUCAAACUGCUGAGCCGCGGCGGCACAACGCGAACCGCGUAAACCAACUGGAACAGGCUUCGGCUCCCGAAUCCAGGUCGUUUCGCUGCACCCAGUCCGCACACCAAUCCCGCCAAAUCUCGCAAACCCCGUCGUCGCGAACCCGCAGUCGCACUUGGCCAAUCGGUGCUGCCACCACGUCGCCUCGCACCAGGGCUUGCGUGUUUUUGUUUUGCUUGCACGCUUCCUCCGUGCCACCCAUUGCUUGCAGUCGCGCACCGCGCUUGGGCCGCGCAAUGGCGGACGGGGAAUCGCCGUCGCCCGCGAUGCAAAUGCAGGUGUCGCAUCGACUCGACGCCGCCGGGUUCGCCGGGGACAAAGGGUCCCGAGCGGCCCUGCAUUCGCAUUCCUUCUCGCACCCUGGAAGCUCGUCCCAUGCCGGCACCGUGUCGAGAGACACCGCGUUCGAGUCCCGAUCCCGCUUCGCUGACCACGCAGGUCGGUUCGCUCCCGCCCCAUCAGGCGCCGAUCUACCGCCACCGCCGCGGGAUCGGGGCAUCUCGUCUGGCGACGGCCGCUACACAACAGCAACAACAACAGCAACAACCACAACAACAGCAACAGAGGCCUCGUCCGAGCACCGUGCAACCGCCGAACACGGCCACCCGCUGCAGUUCGCUCUUUCGCGUAGCAACUCGCAGGCCACCCUGUCCUCCAACGGUCCCGACUCCAACGGUCCCGACCCCGUGUUUACCCCCCCAGCGAGCGGCGGCCGGCUGAGCCCGGGCACUGGCAGCGUCCACGGCUCGAGUCAGGACUCUCAGCUGUUGCAGCUCUCCCAGAUCGCUGCUGCCCAAGAGCGGAUACCCGAAGACACCGUCGACGGUAUGCCCGGUGCCUCGAGGAAGCGCAUGGCCGACGGCAUGGUGAAGCACACGCGCGACAAGUCGUACGUGUCGCCGGGCCAGACGGUCGGCCACUCGCGGAAUACGAGCACGGUCAGCAUGGCCUCUACCGCCGGCAGCCGCAUCGGAGAGCUGUCCGCUGAACUAAAAACCCGCUUGUCGUACGCCAUGGUCAAGGUGAACCACGGCUGGCAGUCGCAUUCCAUUGACCAGGUAGAGGCGCUGGCCUCCCAAGCCGCCUCUCCCGCAUCCACCGCCUCCACCAUCCACCUCAGGAACGGGUCUUCGGCAAGCCCUCAGCUCUCGACCGCCUCCCAUCAGGGUAGCAACAACACGACGCCAGCCACGGUUCCACAACACCACUAUUCAGGCCGCCCCGGAGAUUCACAAUGGAGAGACUCUCCACAGUCGACGUCACGGGGGAGUUCCGCGUCUCCGGUCAAGAGCCUCGCCCCGCCCGUCUCGAUCCAGCCGUCUCAACAUGCAGGGAAUCCGCGCCGCGAGCCCAACCCCCGCCAAGUCCCGUCCUUCCUCUCCAGCUCCCAGCACGCCUCCCCACGCGCAGGGUUGCACACAAGCCCAUAUCUUGCGCCCGACCGGCACCACCGAAGUGCCCUGGCUGAUGCGAUGCUGGUGUCGCCGCACACCAACGUCCGCGAGCAAGACGCCAUCGAGUCGCUCCUCUUCAUGAGCAGCCCAGGCAACUCGGCCAACCUCAAGCAUGCCUUCCCCAGCUCCUCCUCGCAGCCGCUGCCCUCAAACCACGCACCGGCAGCCCCGCAACAGCGCACCGCCCUGCCGUCCUCCCAACCGCGGAAGAGCCUCCCGUCCGGUCGCCCCCCGCACCACGCCCGCGCUCACUCUCACUCCCACACGCACUCGCAGCCAACCAAGCGGGUCGGCUUUGAGAAGUCCCCCUCCGCAAUGGACAUCGACGACCCGUCCCCCUUCGGCUCCCCCAUGUCCGUCGUCUCGCGCGGCACGCCCCGCCGCAGCAGAACCGCCGCCAACGGCGGCGGCGGCGGCGGCGCCGAGUCUCACCCCAACCACACUCACCAGCGCCACCAGCAACAGCAGCAACAGCAGCACAUCCACCCCACCGCUUCCUCGCCUCAGACCUCGCAGCUCCCGCCGAGACCGAUGAAACAGCUGCCCGUGUCGGCGGGGCUGACGGUCGCGUCGAAGCCGCGCCGACCGCUGGCCGACGCCGACAUCGACGCCAUGCUCGAGCGCGCGGCCGCCGCCGUCGACGAAGACUCGGAUUCCGACGGCGAGAUCUGCAUUCCCGUGCGGGUACCCAGGGCGCGCCGGGAGGGCGCGGACGCGGACGCGGGUGCUGGCGCGGGCGGAGGUCCUGGGCCGGGUCCCGGUACGGACGUGGGCGCCGGCGUGGUUGGUGUUUGAGCGCUCUGCGUGCUGCGUGAAGGAGUGGGAUUGGAUUGGAUCGGGUGGU